GCAACGAACCACGCGCAGUCGAGAUAUUUUACCCACCCUCGGCAUACACACACACGCACGCACGCGCGUCCACGCACGCACGCGCGCGCUCGCACGUGAUGCAAAGGUAAAGCGAAGAACGACGCAUCGACAUGGCAAUCAAGCGGCUCUUCGUCGCGUGCUUCGGAGUUUUGGCUCUGGCGACGCUCUGCCAUUCUCUGGCGCUCACCACUUUCGGCAAGUCCAACCCGCAGAACAACAACAACUACAACAACAAUCAGAACAACGAGAAGCAGAGUAGCGAUCAUCCGCCAGCUCGCGAGUGCAUCUCCGAUUCGGAGUGCGCAGCUAUUCGAGGUACUUCUUGCUUGGAACCGAUUUUCGCCCUCAAGGUUGAUAACAAGCUGAGAUGCCUAUGUGGUGACUACACCGAGCCGAAAAACGGUGCCUGCGAGAAUAUGUAUAAAAGCGUCAGAGUGCAGUGCAGCGACCACAGUGAAUGCACGCCUGGAGCUUUAUGUUUGAGAAGCAACGACACCUCUGUACCUGGUAACAGGUGUUGGUGUAAGAAAGGCUACGACGUCGACGAAGACAUGCUAUGUAGUGGUAGUCCGGUUGCAAUUGGAUUUUCUGCACUGUCGUUGAUCGCUGGUCUCUUACUAACUCGUAACGUUUAGCCGAAAAAAUUUAGAAUGAUAUUAUUAGAGAUCAAAUGGAGUUCGUUACAAUUGUGAUAAGUUUCGAAUGGUUUGCUCCAUCGGAAAAGUUUAUUUUGUAUCGAUCGAUCUGCACAAAAUGUGUGAAUUAUAUUUAGGCUGUAUAUUUUUCUUGAUUAUGGACUCAUAAAAUGAUACAUUUAACGAUUUAUAAUAUUUUUACAUUACAUCGAAAGACUAUAGUGUAGGUUUCGUGCACCGAGUUAUUUAAAGAUGGAAUAAAAAGUCACAUUAAAAACAACAAUUUCACGCACACUGCUGUUCUCUUACUAUUUUUGUGAAUAUUAACUGAGUUAUCGUAUUGCCUGUUUGUCCACCGAAUAAGAAUUUCUUGGAUGGAAUCUCCUCUUUAAACUCGAAAUCUGCAAAAAAUAUGAAAAAAUAAACAUAUUACAAUUAAAACAUAACAUUCUAAGCAUACAUUACAACGAUUAUCUCAAUUAUGAGAAAAUGUUAGAAACAUGUCUAUUAUCAAGUUUUUAUAAAUUAAAUUGUAAAUCAACACCAUUCAUAUUAACAAAAUUGUCCAUGUACAAAUUCUAAUAAUACGAAUGUAAUUCAAAGUAACAGAUGUAUAAAUACAAAAGAGAAUAAUUUGGUUUGCUCUUGCGUUUGUCAAUUCUUCGUUGAAUAUAAUAAUUAACAAUUGUAAUGUUUACACAGCUACUGCUUAUGAAAAACUGUACAAAAUAAAACGA